UGGGCCGUUAGAUGUGUUGGUAUGUGCCGCGUUGAUUUCUAUGCUUUCUGCCAAGUGGAGAGCGUUAACUGUGAAUUGUACGCAUAUCAUCAGAGGACCGAAAAAACGCAUCACUGGCGUGUGCAGUGCAGAAGAAGCAUUUCGUGUUUCGUGCCCCAAACGUCUGCUACGGGCAGCAAUAUGUUGCUUUUGGUGAGGAAAUCACUUCAUCUCAAUUAGUUGAGAAAAAUGUUCUGAAAAACUUCAACCAGUGACUUGAAAUCGGUGCUCUGUGUUUCCCUAGAAAAGAAAGGCAAGUUGCUUUGUUGGCGAACAAGCAUCAUACCUGGUUGAGUGAAGGUGCAUUAGAUAAGUGAAGUGAAAACCCACCCAACCGUAGAGCCACACAAUGGCAGGCGAUUUUUCCGGUUGUACAGCUCGGAAAAAGAAUCGUGCCCAAUCGAUUGAGUACAAUCCGGCUAAGAUCGACAACGGAGAAACAUCGAAACAGCCAAUAAAUCCUCUGACCACUCGAAGCGGAUUGCGGGUGUAUAAAAUUGUGAUCCUGGGCGAUGGCGGCGUAGGGAAGUCAGCCGUCACGCUCCAGUUCGUGAGUCACAGCUUUCUGGACUACCACGAUCCUACGAUUGAGGACUCAUACCAGCAGCAGGCGGUCAUCGACGGUGAGGCGGCCUUGCUGGACAUCCUAGAUACGGCCGGCCAGGUCGAGUUCACGGCAAUGCGGGACCAGUACAUGCGCUGCGGGGAAGGUUUUAUUAUUUGCUACUCCGUUACCGAUCGUCACAGUUUUCAAGAGGCGUCCGAAUAUCGAAAGCUAAUCGCCCGGGUACGACUUACCGAAGACAUUCCGUUGGUGCUGGUCGCCAACAAGCUGGAUCUGCAAUCACAGCGAAAGGUGUCUACUGAAGAGGGCAAGAAUCUGGCUAAACAAUUCGGCUGCCCAUUCUACGAAACAUCAGCCGCUCUUCGUCACUACAUCGAUGAGGCUUUUUUCUCCCUAGUUCGGGAAAUUCGCAGAAAGGAAACGCAACGGACUCUCAAUGGUGGCUCAAGUUCCGAGAAGAUUCAUACCCGACGACGUAGCCGGUGGUGGCGGCUACGCUCGAUAUUUGCCCUGGUAUUCCGGCGCCGUCGAAAUCUGAAUGGAAGCAUUCACUAAGGUUAUAAAAGUGCUCCGUUUGUUCGAAGCGAUCCAAUGCAUUUGUUUAACUAAAUAAGUUAUUUUUCUUCACAAGGGUGCUGUACAUUCUCCUUUAGUUUAGUAAUUAGGGGUAUAUUUCUCGAAUCCAAUAUCAAAUAUUUCGAGAUACUAGUUUGGGUUUCUGAAACAUGUAGUAUCAAAACGUGUAAUUGGUGUGACCAAUCAUUUACUAGGCAUGGAAACGAAUUUUCAUGCGAGGUUAGGUUAUGUUGAGAAAGUUGUUGUUAAAUAGUCCGUUAAGAGGUUUUGACGUUGACAAGCAGUUGAAUGUUAUUGUAUGCAACUGCAUUAGAGUAGUAACAUCCAGCACCGGGUUCUUCUUAGUGGUUUACCGAGUUCCACCAAAUUCAUAGUUACAGAAAAUUUUAUCUUUGGGCACAUUGUAGGAAGUUGUUAGACGUAAGAGAAACGUAAAUCAAACAGUUGAUCUGUAUUUGAUAUAUACCAAAUGCAUUUAGUUCACGCUUAUCACAAGAUUGAAAAACAUACAACAAUACGUUUGUACCGUUCCCUUACACUGGGCAGCAUGGUUAAAAUUUCAAAACUCUGUAACAGCUAUUUUCAUUCGACACUUCUGCAAAAAAAGCCCUACAUUGCAUUUUUUCGUAGUUAAUGAAUAAACUGGUAUAUUAUUAUUAUCCUCAAAAGAAGCUGAAUAAGCUAUUAAGAAACAUCUACUCGUUCCACUGACAUUGGGAUAUCUUUGAACAAGGCCUUGCAACUUUUAAGUACUAAAAAAAUACCGGCCCUGGUUUUACAAAUUUAAAACUGUGUUCCAAAAACCACCUCCAAGAUUUCAUUAAUCAUAUUGAAAUUGCACAUAUUUUGACAUGAGAGACAUUUAACAUCAACUAACUGUGAUUUCAUACACCCGAUCAUUGUUUUCUUUAAAGUUUAGCAUUCCUUUCAGUCAAAUUAAUAAACACAAAAUACCAGUAUUGAUAAAAUACGAACAGUAUCGUUAUAGAAUUCCAAUAGAAUAUUUAUUAAAGAAUACACCACGGAAAACCAAAAAAACUACCGAUCGGUACCACUAGUUAUUCAACGACAUUUCGAAGUUUUAAACGAGCUUCCUAUUGUUGCUCACCCAAGGCUCAUACUAAUAGUUUUAUUUCACCAUCCAUUCGCUGGACAGAUCGCAGUAAAGACUUUUCUAGAAUACACCAAAAUCGAAUCAACCAAAACAACAAUCAAAGAACAACGUAAAGAUCUACUAAAUAUGGCUAGCAUGUAGUUUCCUAACUAGAGAAAUGAAGCAUUCCCCACUGUACGUUUUUGUGCGUAUGCAGUCCUACCACCUACAUCGCUACUGUGAAUGUUUAAAUCUAAGAGAAGUUGUAGUAGGUGUAAGAAAUUAUUUUCCAAAAAUGUUCCUUUGUGACCAUUUCUCCUAUAAUCACGUGUCUGGGAAGCAACAGCCCACUCAUAAAAGUAUAACUAUUACUAUACUUGAGCAACCUUCACUCAACAAUCUAGUGCUUUUACAACUUGCACUUAUUGCUUUCGACUAAUUUAUUUCGAAAAUCCCACCGUAACACACCAUCCAGUAAGAAUUGAACAUACAAAAACCUGCUUUUAUUUGGCUCAAUAAAAACAUAAAACUAGUCAACAAAGUUCUAUUAUUAGGUGAAAAUGAUUCAACUGUCAACUUACAAAAUACAACUCAUUCCAAGCAAUAGGUGAAUACCAAAAGUUAACUUUCCCACUUAAACUAGGGUUUGCAAUAUUCCCGGGAAUCGAUUUCCCGGGGAACGGGAAUGAAAAUUCCCGGGAACCGGGAACAGACAAUUUUUUUAGCAAAAUGUGAUUUUAAAUUAAGUUUAUCAGUCAAAGAUAACAAAAAAAAAUGUUUAAAAUUUCAUUCUCAGUUCGCAUGAAAAACAAAAA